AUGAAAUUCACCACUACUCUCUUCGGUCUUUUCGCCUCUCAGGCCCUCGCCGUCAACAUGUACUCGGCCCCCAACGCCGCUGCUGAGUGCGGUGCCCUCGGCGUCGCAGAAUGGGAUCUCGAUGCCCUUCCCGCCGACACUGAAGUCUCUGAGCUCCGCAAAUGCAAGGAGCAUCCCCUCUCACUCAAGAUCCACAGCCGCAAUCCUGACUCUACCAAGGUCAACGUCCUUGAGAAGAGAAAGUGCACUUCGUCCAUACACAAGCCCAAGUUUGGCUGCGACAAGCAUUGGUGCUGGCAGAACUGCGGCAGUCGCAAGGAGGAGGAAUGGGGUGCGUGGUGCUGGUCUGCCCACAAAGAUGGAACGGGUGAUUGGAUGAGCUGUUCUACUGCCAGUGACUGUCCUUCUGACGACAAGUACUGCGCUAAGGGUGACUGCAAGCAGUGUGGUUGCGGUUGCUAA